AUGGCGCCUAGAACCAUUUCUACUUUAGGAAGCAUUUCGCUGCUGGUUUCAUCUAUGACAGGACCGGGACUUGUUCAAAUUCCAUUACUUUUUCAGUAUGCUGGAUGGUUUAUACCAUUACUUGUCUUUAUCAUCGCAACUUUAUUGAGUGGCGCUGCUACCCUAUUUCUGUGCGAAUCUUUAAGUUCUCAACGUGGAAACGAUAAAUUUCAGAACAAAAUUGAAUUUACUCACUUUUCCUCGAUGCUGGUUAUCAACGUUGGAUAG